CCGCUAGAGGGCGCCGCGGCGGCGGCGCGGCCCCGUGACCCGUCGGCGCGGCCGCUCCCCCUGCGCCGGCCUCGCCUCGGCGCCCGGCCGGGCCUCCGCGCCGCGCCGCGAUGUGGCUGGGGCCCGAGGAGGUGCUGCUGGCCGGCGCGCUGUGGGUCACGGAGCGGGCCAACCCCUUCUUCCUGCUGCAGCGCCGCCGGGGGCACGGCAAGGGGGGCGGCCUCACCGGCCUCCUUGUGGGAACGCUAGAUGUGGUUUUGGAUUCCAGUGCCAGAGUUGCCCCGUACCGUAUUCUGCACCAGACUCAGGACUCUCAAGUGUACUGGGCAGUAGCAUGUGGAUCGUCUCGUAAAGAGAUCACAAAACAUUGGGAAUGGCUGGAGAAUAACUUACUGCAGACUCUCUCCAUCUUUGAUAAUGAAGAAGAUAUCACCACAUUUGUGAAGGGCAAGAUACAUGGAAUUAUUGCUGAAGAGAACAAGAAUCAGCAGCCCCAGAGUGAAGAGGAUCCAGGUAAAUUCAAAGAGGCUGAACUGAAGAUGCGGAAGCAGUUUGGGAUGCCUGAGGUGGAGAAGUUGGUCAAUUACUAUUCUUGCAGCUACUGGAAGGGACGUGUACCCAGGCAGGGCUGGCUGUACCUCACUGUCAAUCACCUCUGUUUCUACUCCUUCCUGCUCGGCAAAGAGGUGACACUGGUUAUCCAAUGGGUGGAUGUAACCCAGCUAGAAAAAAAUGCAACACUGUUGUUCCCUGAGUGCAUUAAAGUGAGCACAAGGGACAGUGAGCUUUAUUUUUCCAUGUUCCUCAAUAUCAAUGAGACCUUCAAGCUAAUGGAGCAGCUGGCAAACAUUGCCAUGCGGCAGCUGUUGGAUAAUGAGAGCUUCCUAGAGGACAAGUCCCUCCCAAAGCCCAGGAAGCCUCUUAAGAACAUCUCUGCACUAAAAAGAGACCUAGAUGCUCGAGCCAAAAAUGAAUGCUACCGUGCCACUUUCCGGCUGCCCAAGGAUGAGUGCCUGGAUGGACAUACAGACUGUACCUUGUGGACACCAUUCAACAAGAUGCACAUUCCUGGCCAGAUGUUUGUUUCCAACAAUUACAUCUGCUUUGCCAGUAAGGCAGAGGAGGCCUGUCAUCUCAUCAUUCCUCUCAGGGAGGUGACAAUCGUUGAGAAAGCAGAUAGUUCCAGUGUCUUGCCGAGCCCUCUGUCCAUCAGCACCAGAAGUAAAAUGACUUUCUUCUUUGCCAAUCUGAAGGACCGAGAUUUCUUGGUGCAGAGAAUCUCUGAUUUCUUGCAGAGAACACCAUCCAAGAAACCAUGUGGCAGCGACAGGGAAUGGAAGUGCAGCGUUGGUGAUCCUGGAUGUGAGGAAGUGCCAGAGUUGCCUUCCAGCAGCCCACUUGCAGUUAGCCCAACAUCUGCUCUCAACAAUCGGCCUGUCAACUUCUGUGCAGGGGAAGUGCCAACAGCCUCCCAGGGGCUACUCAAACUCUUCAGAAGAAAUUCUGAGGAGCUCCUGGGACCCAAAGGGGCAAAGGAGAAGAUGAAGGAAGAGUCUUGGAACAUUCAUUUCUUUGAAUAUGGGCGAGGGAUGUGUAUGUAUCGCACAGCCAAGACUAGGGAGCUGGUGCAAAAAGGAAUCCCAGAGAAUCUUCGUGGAGAGCUGUGGCUCCUUUUCUCAGGAGCUUGGAAUGAGAUGGUCACUCAUCCUGGAUACUAUGCAGAUCUUGUGGAAAAGUCAAUGGGAAAAUACAAUCUUGCUACAGAGGAAAUUGAGAGAGAUCUGCACCGUUCCAUGCCAGAACAUCCUGCCUUCCAGAAUGAGCUGGGAAUUGCUGCCCUCCGGAGAGUCUUAACAGCUUAUGCAUUCAGAAAUCCAACAAUUGGGUACUGUCAGGCCAUGAACAUUGUGACAUCGGUACUGCUGCUCUACUGCAAUGAGGAAGAGGCUUUCUGGCUCCUAGUGGCUUUAUGUGAGCGGAUGUUACCAGAUUACUACAACACAAGAGUAGUGGGUGCAUUAGUGGACCAAGGCAUCUUUGAAGAGCUUACACGAGAGUAUCUUCCACAGCUGUCAGAAAAGAUGCAGGACCUGGGAGUGAUUUCCACCAUAUCUCUUUCCUGGUUUCUCACUCUCUUUCUCAGUGUCAUGCCCUUUGAGAGUGCUGUGGUCAUUGUUGACUGUUUUUUCUAUGAGGGCAUCAAGUUUAUCUUGCAGGUGUCAUUGGCCAUACUUGAUGCCAACAUGGAGAAGUUGUUACAGUGUUGUGAUGAAGGUGAAGCCAUGACUAUUCUGGGCAGGUAUCUGGACAAUGUAGUUAACAGACAGAGCGUCUCUCCACCUAUUCCCCACUUGCAUGCCUUACUGACAAGUGGGGAUGACCCGCCGCUUGAAAUAGACAUCUUUGAACUCAUCAAAACAUCCUAUGAGAAAUUUAGCAAUCUGAAGGCAGAUGAUAUUGAACAAAUGCGUUUUAAACAAAGACUGAAAGUGAUCCAGUCUCUGGAGGAUACAGCCAAGAAGAGUGUGGUCCGAGCUGUGUCUAGUGACAUUGGCUUCUCUAUUGAAGAAUUAGAAGAGCUGUAUGUAGUGUUCAAGGCAAAGUAUCUGAUGAGCUGUUACUGGGGGAAUAAUCGUGCUGCAGCUGCCCGCCGAGAUCAGAGUUUGCCCUACCUGGAGCAGUAUCGCAUAGACAUGGAGCAGUUCAAAGACCUGUUCAUCAGUUUGACCCCCUGGUCCUGUGGCACGCAUACACCUGUGCUAGCAGGGCGGCUGUUCCGGCUUCUGGAUGAAAACAGAGAUUCUCUCAUUAACUUCAAGGAGUUUGUUACAGGGAUGAGUGGGAUGUAUCAUGGUGACCUCACUGAAAAACUCAAAGUACUUUACAAACUGCAUCUGCCUCCCGCUCUGAGCCCAGAGGAGACAGAAUCUGCUUUGGAGGCCACAAGUUAUUUCACAGAGGAUGUAACAACAGAAGUAUCUCCUUUUGUCUCAGAGCUGGAUUUCUGCCUGCACUGUGAGUCUCAAGAAACACAAGAAGACAAAGGAAGGAAAAAUGAAAGCUGUCAAGAAAAAGAGGAAAAAGGUACCAGUCCACAGGACUAUAGAUACUACCUAAGAAUAUGGGCCAAAGAAAAAGAGUCCAGGAAAGAAACCAUUAAGGAUCUCCCCAAAAUGAGCCAGGAACAAUUCAUAGAGUUGUGCAAGACUCUUUACAACAUGUUCAGUGAGGACCCGGUGGAGCAAGAGCUGUACCAUGCAAUCGCCACUGUAGCCAGUCUCCUUCUGCGAAUUGGGGAGGUUGGAAAAAAAUUCUCCAACCGGCCCAUGAAGAAGUCUGACGACUGCAAAACACACAAUACCCAAGAUCCUGUGAGUGAAGAGGAGUCACCGACAUCUGAACAGAGUCAGAAUUCAGCGGUGGAGCAGCAACCCCAAGCUGACCAUGAGGACAAAACCCCUGGAGAUGCUCAGCCUGGGAAAACUCAGCAGGAAAACCAAACUCUGGGAGAUGGGUCAGGGGAAGGACAAGGCUCUCCUUUACAGCUGCUAUCAGAUGAUGAAACCAAAGAUGAUAUGUCCAUGUCUUCCUACUCCAUGGUCAGCACAGGCUCCUUGCAGUGUGAAGACAUUGCAGAUGACACAGUCCUGGUCGGUUGCGAAGGCGGUAGUUCAGCUGCCAGGUAUGGCAGUACCAUUGAUACAGACUGGUCUAUCUCCUUUGAGCAGAUCUUAGCAUCCAUGCUGACAGAGACAGCCCUUGUAAACUACUUUGAGAAAAAGGUCAAUAUCCUCCAAAAGAUCAGAGAUCAAAAGAAGGUAGAGAGGCAGUUCAGUUCAUCCAGUGACUAUGAACUGUCCUCUGUGUCAGGGUGAGCUCAAGUAAGCAGUAAUUGUCUUGUGAGAUAAAGCAGGGAGGUAACGUGGCAGAUGGCAGGUUUGAUGGUUUGGUAUUUUGUAUUUUUUUGUUUAAUCAGAGACCAGUAACUACACAAUUACAAUAGAUUCCAAUGGAUAAGGAUCUUCUGACAGUGACUACUUUGUGUAGGUGCUUUUUUGGUUACUCUGGCUGAAAGAAUUAGAUUACAUUCUCAAGAGCCAUUAGAACCUAAUAGCCCCUGUCAUAUAGAAUUACCACCAUAAAUUAUGCAUGUCUGCCUUUUGCUAUCUUUCUUUUUAAUUAAGUUUUAUUUCGGACAGUGACUGUUCCUUGCCUGCCCUUGUUUGCUGUAGGUUCCUGGGCAACUUGCACAGCAGAUGCAGCCUGGCUUGAAACCAUUUUCACUUUUGGCUGCCGUUCUGAGAGCUAAUGCAGUGUAUCAAAGUGCUAUAGGGCCCUGGCCGAUGAAUGGCCUUGUUCAGUUCCUCAGCGCUGUUCUGUGACUCAGCAACUACAGUGCAGAUAUGUGCCCCACUGCUGCCAGCACCGUUAGAUCUAAACACACAAGUUUCUCAGAUCUGCAGGUUUCUGGUAGAUGUGGUUCGGCAUUCUCAUAGUGUAUGGUCACUCUAUUUCUCCUCCAACAUGCAGGAGACAGUUUUCAGACAACCCUUGUUUUCUAGCUUUUGCUUUUCUAAUUCUUUGAAAGCCAUUGGUUUUAGUUUAUCCGGGAAGCCGCAAGCUCCUUGACUUCAGCGCAAAAGUAAUACGAGGUCAAUCAAUAGGGUCAUGACGCUUGUGACGAGGGAGUAUGUUCCUAAACUGGAAAUGUGUGAAUCGGCUCCUCGGCAUCGCAGGCCAGCGGCACAUCGGUCUGCUCGACUUUCCCCGUCGAUACAGAAAACAUUUCAUUGUUUCUUGCUGAUUCUACAUUUUUGCUGACUAGUGAUGGGUCCAAUUUUUAGAAAGACCCCUAAGAAUGCUCUGAUGAGUCAAAUAUCAAUAUAUGUAUCUAGAUUUCCAGAGCCCUCGGCCCUUGCAAACGUUUGGGGCAGGAGGAUUUGCAGGAGUGCUGUGCCACCUGCAGCUGUUCAGUGUGUCCUUUCUGAAUGUCCCUUGUACCAAGAGCCCGGCGGUGGACACUCUCUUAGAAACGGCUACACAUCGGUGGGCAUUUACACCUAAGGAGGAAGACAUCAAAGCAGCGUGGCCCUCUGCCAUCAGCCCGCUGUGGGAAACCUAAAAAGACUAGAUCUCUUUGCAGUUAAAGAGAUGAAAUAACUGGGAGAGUGAGUGACUACUCUUUUUAAAUCAACUGAAGACCGGAAGAAACCAAGCGGUAGGACGAAUCCUGGUCGCACGGAUGCGUUUGUCUCGGCACCCAGGCGCCUGCGUCGCAGGGCCACAGCGAGAGCCCCGUUACCGCCUGGCCGGAGCAGACCCCGCGCUGAAGGCAGGGCUUGCCGCAGCUGGGGGCUGGCGCGUGGAGCGUGCGGGCUGGGAAGAACACGUCCCUGGCGGGUGUUCCCAUUAACACUACUCGGCGUGCUAUCAGUGUUAACUCCCCUCUGUGACAGUCUCUGUACGUAUUCACGGCUGGUACAUGUUUCCUACUUCCCUGCCUCCUCUGUUCUGUAUUCCGGAGAGCAGCCAUUAGUAAAACUGCUUUUACUAAUUAUUCAGUAAUUUAUUGUAAUUUUUUUAAAGUAAAAAUAAUACAUGUGAUUUUACACUGUCUGUCUGAUCUGUCAUGUAUUCAAUAAAUGAACCAGAAUCCUCUAGGCAA